AUAUAUUCUCUCACACGGCGCAACCUUACGCUUCUUAAAUGCUCUGUCACACUGGUCUUUCUAUCAAUAUUGAAUCCAGCCAGUAGCGGACCAGAAACGGGAAAGAUGAGUCGCGGGGCGGCAGCUGGAGGAGCAAAGGGUGGGAAGAAGAGGGGAGCGACCUUCACUAUUGACUGCGCAAAGCCAGUGGAGGAUAAGAUCAUGGACAUUGCCUCUCUGGAGAAAUUUCUCCAAGAAAGGAUUAAGGUUGGCGGCAAGGCCGGUGCUCUUGGCGACACCGUUUCCGUCUCUCGUGAGAAGACCAAGAUUACCGUUACCUCUGACAGUAACUUCUCUAAAAGGUAUCUUAAGUACUUGACCAAGAAAUACUUGAAGAAACACAAUGUGCGAGAUUGGCUUCGUGUGAUUGCUUCCAACAAAGAUAGGAAUGUUUAUGAACUCCGUUACUUCAACAUUGCUGAGAAUGAGGGAGAGGAGGAGGAUUGAAGAUCUGGUUCAGUUUAUCUUCAAAUUAUAUAUGCUUUUAGAGUCUUGUUUUUCUUUUGAGCUGUUAGAUCUGUAAUACUUGUUGGGGGUGUUUUGUGAUCCUUCUGAGUUUGUUGAAAUUUUGGCUAUUUAUCAACUAGAUAUCUACUUUUUUUUAAAAAAAAUGUAUUAGAUGCUUUUAAUACAAUGCUGAUUUCUUGCUCCA